AUGAGUAUUGACAAGUUGGCCCAGCAGCACCGGGAGUUUUACCGUGACAAGACCGGGGCUCUCCAUGCUGUUCCCUACUUCGUGUUGCCCCCAAAGCAGAAGGAGCGAUACCCUCACCCCCUGGACCUGCCACCGCUGAGCUGGAAGACCCGGUGGCACCUAUUCCGCGUGUCCCCAGAGAACCUGCGCACCUACCAGACCUUCCCCUCUGGGAAGAGGGUCACCGCCAAGGAGAGGGAAAUCCGGGACAGCUUUUUCGAGUACAGAGCAUGA